AUAGGUUCUUGACUUUUGCAGACUUUCGAUUGAGCUCUCAGCCGGGUUGCCUUCCAGAAAAUUGCCCGGAUGAGAUCUUGGGGGCAGGUGUUAACUGUGGAAACCUACUUAGUAUUAAACAUACCUGUCUCGUUGCUACCGACUUUGGAGACGAUACUUUAUAUUUGUUUUCUGGUCAUUGUUCUUCACAAAAGACCUAAUUGAAAAUAACUGUCAAAUCAUGUCUCUGGUUUCCCUCCUCUUUCCCUGCCAUUAAUUGGACACGUAUUGUGUUUGUGUGGGAAGGAAGGAGGCUCUAUAGCAGUAUAGCAAUAUUGCUGGGAAAAAACAUUAAAAUGGAUAAAGGGAUUUCCUAGUGGUAUAAAUACCUGCACACGACCUCCCUGUGCUCUGGAGCCCUCCUGUGUAUGUAUAUGCAGGUAAAAAGCCUGGAAUAGCGUUUGAGCUGUGGUUAAUCGUGCAGGAUCUGUUCUGUUAGAAAACAGGGACAAGUGGCUCUUUUGCCUGUUGGAGGGCAUGACUUGCCAAGCAUUUGCUUCAUCUGACACGUUUGUACCCUUGAAUUCUGACUCUUCUCCUUCUCUGCCUCUGAUAAUGCAUCACAGCGCUGCAGAGUGCCUGCCGGUUUCUAACCAUGCCACCAAUGUUGUGUCUACAGUCACAUCUGUUUUGUCUUUGAUCCAAACUCCUAUAUGCUCCCAUAUCUGCUUUGCCAUGACGACUUUUGGAAACACUUUGGCAGGCCUUCAUUACUCUGUGCCUUCCUGUCACUAUGGAAAUCAACCGUCUACCUACGGGGUGAUGGCAGGCAUCAAGCCUGCAACUCCAGAGAUGCUAUCAGCAAGUCUCUCCCAGGGUCGCAUCUUACAGACAUGCAGCGUGCCACAUCCCAAUGUGGUAAACGGUGUCAGCACCUUGCAAAGCAACCUGACCCCUUGCCUUUACAAAUUCCCGGAGCAUGCCCUGAGCGCCAGCUCCUGUGCCCUGAGCCAUGGCUUCACACCCAUGCACCAGUCUCUCCUCACGGAUGACCCCACUGCUGCAGACUUCAAGCAGGAGUUCCGCAGAAAAAGCAAGUCUGUUGAAGAACCCGUUGACAUGGACUCCCCUGAAAUCAGGGAACUAGAAAAAUUUGCUAAUGAAUUUAAGCUGCGGAGAAUUAAGCUGGGUUAUACACAAACCAAUGUUGGAGAAGCACUGGCUGCCGUGCACGGCUCUGAAUUCAGCCAAACUACUAUUUGCAGGUUUGAAAACUUGCAGUUGAGUUUCAAGAACGCAUGCAAACUGAAAUCGAUACUGUCCAAGUGGCUGGAGGAAGCAGAACAAGUAGGAGCUUUAUACAAUGAAAAAGUUGGAGCAAAUGAGCGGAAGAGGAAGCGCAGAACCACCAUUAGUAUCGCUGCCAAAGAAGCCCUAGAAAGGCACUUUGGAGAACAAAGCAAGCCUUCUUCUCAGGAAAUUAUGAGGAUGGCUGAGGGGCUCAAUCUUGAGAAAGAAGUUGUGAGAGUUUGGUUUUGCAACAGAAGACAAAGGGAGAAAAGAGUGAAGACAAGUUUACAUCAGAACACCUUUAGUUCUAUUAUCAAGGAGCACCAUGAAUGCCGGUAAAGCUUUUCCGUGUAUAGAUGUGGAUUUCUGUUUUGCUUUUUGUAAAUGUUGUAAAUACUAUGUUGUUUAAAAAAAAAAAUAAAAAAAGAAAAGAAAAACAAGUAAACCACUUGGUUCUCUUACAAGCUACAAGCUUCAGAUAUAGUGUCUUGUGGGAGACCUGGUUUUAAUGUAAAAGGUUGGAAACAAGUGAAAUGCUACUGCAUAUAUUUAAAGAGUUGGAGGUCUCUGCUUAACUGUAAAGAAACUGUUAUGCAUUGUUCAACUGGAAAUGCUUUCCAAGUUGCCCAAGUACUUGCAGUUUCCUGUGCUGUGCCUUUCUUGCAUCUGUGGUACAUUUAAUGAUUAAUAGAGAACCCCAUGUAGGUACCCUGAAGCAUCAGGAAGCAAAAUCUUUGUGUUGUAUGUGAAGAAAGGUUACAAAGCUUGGUACCAGCAGCUGUAGUAUUGAAAGUAUCUUUCCUCUGCGUGUCCAUGCAUGUGCUUUACCACCACCCACCCCCCCCCCCCCGCCUAGCUACCUGCACUGGCCUUUGUGAGAGCGUAAGCCAUUAGGAACAUGUCAGAGCCCAUCUCCAGUAGUGAACACUGAGCAUCAGUGCGAAAUUAGAACUUCAAAGAAGAGAAGGUAAAUAAGCAACCUUAAACAAGCAGUGGUGACGCUGCUGACUAUCUAGUUAUGGCCAAUUGGCCAAGGAUGGGAUAUACUCAUGGAAUCUCGUGGGAGUGCCGCCGGAUCUGAGAGCCAGGCAGAAGAAUGCUAGCUGAAGACCUGCCUUUCCAAAGGACAGCUCAAACUCAGCUACCCACUGACAACAGCUGUACACCUCUGAGUGAAUCAUUUCAGGUAAUUUCCGUGUGUAAGUUCAGGACAAAGCCAUCAGAAAUGUACCAUAAUUGCUGUUAUUAUUUAUGGUACAGUAAGUAUGGUACGGAGGAGUCAACACUGUUCCUACUGUGCGCUCUGUCUCUGCGUACCACCUGACUGCCGUAAAUGGGUGCCAAGUAGAUGUGACUCUUUUUUUUUUUUAAUGCUUGUUACCGGAGGUAAUUCUUGCUGAUUUAUUAUGCGGCUUAAAGUUUGACUUGGAUAGGCUUAGCUAUAAAAAUUGGGAUAUAAUUUACCUUAUCUUAAGACUUUGUGACUUGAGGGGGAAAAAAAAACCCAAUUAUCAUGGCUUUUAUUACUUUGGGCUUUCUCUGCAUUGUAUUUUUUUUUUCUGAUUAAAUCCAUGUGUGGACAUACUUAGACCAGAGAUAGUGUGUUAAGCUAAAAAAAGGAGGCCCUUGCGCUCUGAAAUAAGUAUCUACACAAAGCUUUUACUGCACGGCACACUCCCACUCUCUCACGCCCCGCUAAUUGAAAAUAAUCCCUUAUUUGUCAUCCUUUAGCCCAGAGAGAUAAUUGGGGGAAAAAACCACCUAGUGCCAGCGCUCCACCUAUCAGAAAACUAGGCACCGAGAAACUGAAUUAAUGACUGCAGUAUUCACCAGGGAUAGAUUAUCCAGCCAUCUCAUCAACCUUGCUCAUUGUUAUGAGAAUAGCCCAUUACCAUAUUUUUGACUGUAUUCCCAGGACUGAAAUUAAUUGAGUACACGCAAGUAGUAAUGGCCAGAUACAUUUUAUUUUUCCAUAAAACAGACCUGAUGAUUUAGAAAAUGUCUAGAUAAUAGGCCCACAGACAGCAAAAGGAGCUUAAUGUUCAAGACCACUUAGAAGCAGUGUGUACAAAUUAAGUGCUCUCUCUCUAGAGUACAUUCAAUUAUCUCCGAUACCUAUUACAGUGACCAUAGGCAUAUUCAGCUAUGGAAUUAGGCUCCUAGAUUAAAAAAAUACAUUUUUACAGAUGACUGCAUUUGCUAGAACCCCUUAAUUUAGAAGAAACCUUUAAUUUAAUAGCUCAAAGGGGAGAAAUUGUGGUAUGUACUCUCUUCAGGUUGUUCUCAUCACUAGCAUAGCUCACCCACCACAGCAGAGAAAGACCGAGCCUUAGCUUUUAUCCACCACAUGUGUAUCGACAGCUCAUGAGCUGUCCAACAGGAUGAAAGACAACUGCAGUUGAGACGAUUAGUGCUCAGUUAAGGCGGUGGCAUGCGUUUGUGUACCUUUGAUGUUAUGUAAUCUAAUGUUAUGGCUGUUGAUACUAUCUGAUAUAUAUAAAAGUUAUUUAUAUUUUAAGUUAUUUUCUCAAAUACAAGGCUUCUUAGAAAUGCUGUAAGCCUGUACUUCCCAACG